AUGGCAGCCUUUCGGGAUGCACUCAAUGAGGCCAACUUGUAUGAUUUGGGCUUCAAAGGCUCCAGUUAUACAUGGGCAAGAGGUAGGAAUCCUAAUCAUCGUAUUUGUGAACGGUUGGAUAGGGCUGUGGCUUCACCUGAAUGGUGCUCCCUCUUUCCAGCGGCUACUGUUAGUCAUCUCUCUUCUUCUUGGUCGGACCAUGCUCCAAUUCGCAUAGCUAUUAAGUGUAGUUCAAAACCUUCCAAUGAUAAGAGGCGGAGGAGGCAGUCCUACAAAAUUGAGCAGAUAUGGAUAAGUGACGAGGAAUGCGAGAAAAUAUUAUCUGAAAAUUGGCAUGGGGUUGGGGUAGGGGAUCCAGUUACUUCAUUGGCCUCAUGCUCACAAAAGGCUUUAUAUGCUUUAAACUCGUGGGGAAGAAGGAAGUUUGGAAAUUUGAAGGCAAAAAUUAGGAAGCUGUCGGACAAGCUUCAAGCCAUUCAAUUUCACUCCUGUAGUCAGAUAGCAGACGAUAUCCAUAUUCGGAAAGAGCUUGACUCACUUUUGGAGUAG